UGCUCGCGACCGAUAAUGAUGCUCUCACAAUCUACGCACAUAACUCUUCAAAUUGUUGUUUGCACUUCAUUUUGGGUAGAUGAGUUUAACCGUGUACAAUUUAAAAUUGGUACUUUUUUUAUUCAUAAAUGUGUUUUUAAGAUUCACCGUGUUUUUGAAAAAUAUCCGUGUUUGUUUACUUCGGAAUCGCUAGCUGCCCGCUACUACCACGUGUUAUUAGUUGAAAAUACAGUCAAGGAAGAUACAUUAGUAUUGAAAAACGGUCGGAAUAUAAUUGUUAAGAUGACGAUGAAAAAGGAUGAGCUGAUUCAACGGCUACGAGAUGUUAAUAACAGAUACAUGUAUCUACUGGAAGCCUUUCAAAUUCCUAGCAAAAACUCAGAAGACAUCGUUUGCAGUGAAUUCCUUCUAGACGAUGAAUCGAGUGGCAAUGUCCCAAGAUCGUUUUCAACAAUGCUCAACGAAGACACCGCAGCACAGCGAGAGGCUCGAUUAGAAGUCAUGCAAAAUAAAAUCAGCGCUAAAUACCUGCAUCGAAAAAGGAAGCAACCCACCGAAGGCAAAGCCGCACGAAAGCAGUUGCUAAAGAGAAAGAACGUCGCCAAAUCUCUUCGAAAAGCUCAAGAAAUAGAACAACGAGUGCACAAAUUCAAAGAAGAAAAAGAAGCGAAACCCAACCUACAGCAGACCAUCAAAAAAUCUGCCGCAGAUACAACGUUCAACGCGAUGGGUAAAAUUGUAUUUUCAAAAAUACAAUUCGACGAAAAUGACGUCUCUCGUAAAGGAAACGAAACGGACGUGAAGAAAUUACUUCGGAAAGCGCUGAACGAGAAGAAGGAAAUGAACGAGCUGAAACAGUCUGGAGAAACGGAGAAAUAUGCCGAGGUCAAGAACAAAAAGGCAUGGGAUCGUGCCACUGCCAAAACAAUGGGUCACAAGAUAAAAGAUGAUUUGGGACUGCUUUCAAAAAAACUUCAUAAGCGCAAACAGCAAAUUGCAAAGUCUAAGCAAGAAUGGGCACAACGUAAAGAAAAAAUUGAACACACGAAGAAUGCAAAACAGAAGAAGCGAACGGAGAAUAUCAAAGAACGUGCGGAUAAGAAGAAAAACAAGAAAAUGCAGAAACUUGCGAAAAAAGGCAGAAUUAUUCCAGGGUUUUAGUAAAUAAAUUUGGUUAUUAAAAAUAAAUGAUCUAAUGUUUCAGUUCUGUA